GUGCAUAUUGAUCCAAGCCCGCACAACAUCAACGAUCCCUCCUGAGGCCGAGUCCCGAUUGAAGCAUUCCUCUCACUUUCACACCCCGGGAGGUGCCUGACGCCGCCGGUAGCGGAACCGAGAGAAUCUCUCAUUCGGUUGCCGCCAUUUUAAUGCACUCACCCAGACCGAGCUCUCUCCCAAUCAUGAAGAGGUCCAGACCGACCCCACCACCCACACCGCCGCUUUCCACUGCCAAAUCCACCGCACCCAUCUUCAAAAAACCCAAAUCCAAAGCCAUGAUCCCACCCAAAUGGGUUCCACUCGGUCUCAGCCAAUCGGAGCUGUCCCUGCCCCUCACUUUCCCUACCGGACAAACCUUCCGGUGGAAACAAACCGGUCCUCUUCAGUACACCGGUGUCGUCGACUCCUACCUCAUCUCCCUCAAGCAUCUCCAAGACGGUGAAGUCUCCUACUGCUUCCACCACCACGCCACCACCGGGGAUGAGAACAACGCCAGGGUGGCUCUGCUUGAUUUUCUCAAUAUGCGUAUUUCGCUCAGUGAAAUCUGGGAGGUCUUCUCGGCCUCAGACCCGAGGUUCGCCGAGCUGGCGCGCCACCUGGGCGGGGCCCGGGUGCUCAGGCAAGACCCGCUUGAGUGUUUGAUACAGUUUCUGUGUUCCUCUAAUAAUAACAUAACGAGAAUUACUAAAAUGGUGAACUUUAUCUCAUCUCUGGGGAAUUGUCUGGGGACCGUGGAAGGCUUUGAGUUCUACCAGUUCCCAGGGCUGGAGCGGUUAGCGAUGGUUUCAGAGGACGAGCUUAGGGAGGCCGGUUUCGGUUACAGGGCCAAAUAUAUCAUUGGCACUGUAAAUGCUUUGCAAUCAAAACCUGGUGGAGGUACUGAAUGGCUUGCAUCUCUUCGUAAUUUGGAUCUUCAUGAGGUUAUCGAUGCUCUCUCUACUCUACCUGGAGUUGGUCCUAAGGUGGCAGCAUGCAUAGCUCUCUUCUCUCUUGAUCAACACCAUGCCAUUCCUGUUGAUACACAUGUGUGGCAGAUUGCUACAAGAUACCUGUUACCGGAGCUUGCAGGUGCCCGUCUGACACCCAGGCUCUGCAGCCGUGUGGCAGAGGCAUUUGUGAGCAAAUAUGGCAAAUAUGCUGGCUGGGCUCAGACUUUGCUUUUCAUUGCUGAAUUACCUUCACAGAAGGCCCUCCUGCCAUCACAAUUUUGUAGUAUCAAAGAAAAGAAAGCUGCCAAGAGUAAGAAUGGCAAAACGUGCAGUGCUAAUUAAAGAUGUCAAGAUCAAAAUGCAAGGGUGUUGUCAGAAAUAACAUUUUUCAUGGUUAAGGCAUCUGGAUGUUGAACGAUGGUGUUAUUUGUCUCAAGUGGAGAGAGGAUGAAAAAACUGCAUAUCUUUUUCAGGUUACUCCUGUAAAUCAUACGGCAUCUUCCUUCUUAAAUUUCUUCAGGUUUACCCUUUGUGUUUUUGGUUUCCAAGGAUGCUCCUUUAGGUACUUUCUUCAUUACCCAUAGCAGGCAGCAAAUUCUUGAGGUCAGGAACUCUUCUUCUCAUUCUCCUUCUUCAUUUAUCAGUCUAAGGGGUAUGUGCAAAUUAGUUCAACCAGGUGGAAGAAGAAUAGAUUAUAAAAAUCGUUACAGUUUACAAACGGGGUUGUUUUAAUUUGUUUGUGCAAAUUACUCGUGUCAAUUAUAUCUGAGGAGUACGAUAAUAAACCAAAGCAAGAGUUACUCCAACUGUUACUUAUAGGGAGAUUACACUUUUCACCCACAAAGUACUGCUCAUUUGCACCCUCCCUAUCAAAAAAAUUUCAUUUUGCACUCAAAACCACAAAAACUUUCAAUUUGCAUCCUAAACUACCACUGAGUUUCAGUUUGCACUCUCUAUUCAAUCUAAUCAUUAAGACUAUUCUAUGGCCAAUUUUUUCUUCCAUCUUAACGGCCAUAUCUUAACCCAGGGUACAAACUGAAAAAUAGGUGGUUGUUUGUGGGUGACAAAUUGACCACGACCACAUUGCACAAUCCUAAUAGUUAGAUUUUAAUGGAGGAAAAAAAGUGAAACUUAUUGUUAAUUUAGGGUGCAAAUUGAAAAAUAGGUAGCAGCUUGUGGGUGAAUAUUGUAAUUACCCUUUGCUUUCAUUCCUUGACAAUAUAACUUCUUUUUUUCAAAUUCUCUAUCUUGAUCUUUGUGCAUUAAAUAAUGCAAUGUUUAUAUGGUGCUUGAUGGCAGGUUUAUGAGCACAUGUAACUCUAACCUCAAUCUCCUUGUAUUACGGCCUAUCCGGUUAUACUGUGAGCUGGACAUUUGAAGUUAGGCAUUUAGUCAUUCUUUAUCAUUGUAUUCGAAUGAUGGUAUAAUUUUGACAUUAUUAAUUGUUUAAAGAUGUGUAAAUAAUAUGUAAUUGUUGGUGAUUGUUUACGGUUCACUUUGGUAAAACUCUAAUGAUGACAAAAUGCAGGAUAAAAGAAAAA